CAUUGAUAGGUGGCACUGACUGGCAGUGAUGGGUGACACUAAAGACAGCUCAGAUGGGCACUGAUAUGUGGCAUUGAUGUGCACUGGUAGGCACUGAUAUGUGGCAUUGAUGUGGCACUGAUGGGCACUGGCACAAGGCACUGAUGAGCACUGAUACAAGGCACUGAUGGACACUGACAGGUGGCACUGCUGGGGCUACACUGAUCAUCAGGGCACACUGAUCAUCAGUGCCCUGAUAGCUGAUCACAUGACCGAGCCGACAUCUUCGGCUCUUUCCGUGAUCAGUGAUCCACUGUGUCUGAGGGACACAGUGCACAACCGAUCGCCGCGCUGCUCGCUGCACGCUCCCUGAGCCACGCAUC